CGAUUCUCCGUUAUAGGGAAAACCGUGAUAGCCAAAAAGCAACAGUAAUCUAAAUUUAUUGGCUGUUAAAAAUAAGUGCAUAAUUGAACGUGGCAUAACGUGGAACGCCUAUGUGACUGGACAUAAUCCAGCCAUCACGUGCUAUUAAAUAAUUCACCUUGAAGUUAGUCCAGCCCAGCGGAUAAUGAUGGGGAGAAGCUUCUAUUAAUCGCUGUGUCAACCAAAAUCAAGACGAUUUGUUCGCGAUGAAGUGCUAUGGAAAUAGAACCGAAGAAAUCCUACCUGAGUGAAUCGUAGCUGAAAAUGAAUCGACCGUUUAAUGAAAUUAAUUAUGCAUCUGUCAGGGGGAAACUGCUUGCGGUUGCUACCGAACCAAGUGGUCAGCAAGGAGCCGACGAAGAAAGCGAUGAUACUGAUGGUGGUAGCGGUGGCCAUCCUUUCGGCACCGGUGGGGUCCGUUCCUGAAGAAGCGGAUUUUUCGGAGAAAUCGAAACUAGCUCCCCAUGAAAUUUCUUAUCUAAUACUGAGUCAAUCAUCCGCGUUUCACUAUGAGCGUGCAAACGAUCUGCGAAGGAGUAUCCUCGAACAGCAAUUGAACAUAAAUAACCAACUACCAACCGGCGGCGAGAAUGUGCAUCUAUCACAUGAGAUUUUCGCCGACCAUGAGGGCUCUUGGGCCAUCACACCCAUCCUGAAGCACAUCCGGGCCAGCAUACUGAAAGCGUCGCACGCCGGUACCCGCUGGCUGAUCAUCUGCGAGCAGGACAGUCACGUGAACGUGAGUCUAUUAGCACACCAUUUGGGCAAAGAGGAUUAUCGACAGGAGCUUUUCCUGGGUUAUCCGCUGCACGACCGCGAGGCAACCAUUAUUCAUCAUUUUGCGUUUUUCAAAAAUCCAUCAAGCUUUCUUUAUCCGUACCUGCGGGCCGGCAUCGCUCUCACCGUUCCACUGGUGGAUGGCCUGGUGCGGGCGCUAUCGAGUGCCGGCCAAACCUUGACGGAGUUCUUCAUCGAUGCGGCGCACGAGUUUGCCCUUCUGGCGUGGAAUCGAGGCACCGGAAAUCGACUCACGUCAGCCUCUUACUUCUGUGCUCGCCGUGCCAAUGGAUGCGCCAUUUACGCCAAACAACUGCCUACGAUGCUGCCAGCGGAGGAAACAUGUAACCAUCCACCUGUUGCUGGCCGAGAACGAGCUGAAGUGACAUCGACCCCCAUCCUGUUCGCCGUGAAAACGUGCGAAAAGUUUCACGCCCAGCGGGUCCCGGUGCUGUUGCACACCUGGGCACGCUACGUACACCACUUGCGGCUUUACAGCGACAUUUUCGAUGCCAGCAUACCGACGAUUGCGACGAGUAUUCCCAACACCAGCAUCGGUCACUGUGGGAAAAGUUUGGAAAUCCUGCAACUCGUGCAGGAGGAAAUGUUCCGCAAUCGAACAUUAGUGGACGUUAGAUGGAUUAUGCUGGUGGACGACGACACUAUUCUGAGUCCAUCGGCGCUGACUCGCUUCUUGAGCGGCUUCGAUUCGGCCCAGGACGUGUACAUCGGCGAACGGUACGGCUAUCAUUUGCUCGCCGAGGACGGCCAGGGCUACAACUACGUCACCGGUGGGGGUGGAAUAGUGAUUAGCGUGCGGAUUCUUGGCGCUCUGCUGCGGUCCUGCGAGUGCCCUUCGGCUUCCUCACCGGACGACAUGAUCAUUGCAGCGUGCCUGUAUCGGCUGGGGGUACGACCGAUUCAUUCGCCGCUCUUCCACCAGGCCCGUCCUUCCGACUAUCCGCCGGAAACGCUGGACCCAGCGAGUAUCUCCUUCCAUAAGCACUGGCAAAUCGAUCCUUAUCAGGUAUACAACAAGUGGUUCCGAAAGAACGACGAAACGUGGUGGCACAGUCAAGAACGACGCCGGCGAAAGUCCAUUUCGCUUCAUGACCGCCAAUCAAUUCUGACGGAAGCAGAGUCCGGCAGUAGCAAAUCACUGCUCCAUUCGAAACAUAUCAGUAGCGAUAACGACAGCGCACGACAGGAACAGCACAAUCGUCUGCCUCAUGGCGUUGUAAACGUAGCCCGGUCCCAUCCGCAGCAUGGAAAGCACAAUCAACCACCACCCACACUGGAAACGUCGACAUCUUCAACCAGUGCGGCUCUUACCGCCAGAAUGAUAGCAAAUGAUUAUCAUCAUCGUUAUCAGAGCGCACAUAUCAGCAAUCAUUUUUGCGAGAAUAAUGAGCUCCAAUCAAACAGCAACUUGCUGCUGAACCAUCCGCCACAGCAGCCCGUCGAGCACAGCCCGGACAGGGCGGCCGGUACCAGCUUCCAGGAACCGAACAUAAUCAAACAUACCGAACUGUAAGCGGGACAUCACUCUGCAGGAUAAUGACAGGAAAACGGUUGUUUCUCGAUAGUCUGACAUAGUUGAAAAAAUAAGAAAAGCUGUACUAAUCAGCGACCGAUUAUAUCCUGGGAUUGUACAUUAUUAUAUUACGCAAU